UUGCCUUGCUGAUAGCUCCAAUGGCAACCAUCACCUCUCCUCUCGUCGUCCUCCUCGCCGUCGCGGCGGCGACGACGGUGCUCGUCGUGGUCUCGCCGGUGUCCGCCUUGCCGGCCGGUCUCCCGGACAUCAAGGCCCCGUUCAACAACCCAUGGUCGGCGUUCAAGAACCUCUCCGGGUGUCACUUCGGCGACGAGAGGGCUGGCCUUGGCAAGCUCAAGAACUACCUCUGGCACUUCGGCUACCUCUCGUACCCGAACUCGUCGUCGUCGCCGUCGCCGUCGGCUCGGUUCAACGACUUGUUUGACGCCGACAUGGAGAUGGCGAUCAAGGUGUACCAGGGGAACUUCGGCCUCGACGUCACCGGCGAGCUGGACGCGCCGACCGUCGCCCAGAUGAUGGCGCCACGGUGCGGCGUCGCUGACGUCGUCAACGGCGUGUCCACCAUGGGCAACUCGUCCGGCGCCGUCCGCGGCCGCGGGCUGUACUCGUAUUUCCAAGGCUCGCCGAGGUGGCCGCGGUCGAAGACGACGCUCAGGUACGCGAUCACGGCGACCUCCCAGACGACCAUCGACCGGGCGACGCUGAGCAGGGUGUUCGCGAGCGCGUUCGCGCAGUGGUCGGCGGCGACGAUGCUCAACUUCACGGAGACCGCGUCGGCGUCCGACGCGGAGAUCACCAUCGGGUUCUACGCCGGCGACCACGGCGACGGCGAGGCGUUCGACGGGCCGCUCGGCACGCUGGCGCACGCGUUCUCGCCGACCAACGGGCGCCUCCACCUGGACGCCUCGGAGGCGUGGGUGGCCGGCGGCGACGUGACGCGGGCGUCCUCGAACGCCGCCGUCGACCUCGAGUCCGUGGCGGUGCACGAGAUCGGCCACAUCCUCGGCCUCGGCCACUCGUCGGCGGCGGACUCCAUCAUGUUCCCGACGCUCACGUCGCGCACCAAGAAGGUGAACCUGGCCUCCGACGACGUCGCCGGCAUCCAGGGCCUGUACGGCAACAACCCCAACUUCAAGGGCGUCACGCCGCCGUCGACGAGCAGCCGGGAGAUGGACACCGCCGGCGCCGGCGAGCUCUCGCGGCCGUGGCGGGGCCUGGUCGACGGCGCGGCAGGCGUGGCCAUCGGGUUCUCCCUGGCGUUGUUGUAGGCACCAUUUCCAGUGACCAUUUCCAUCGCUUUGGUUGGUCAAUUGGCAGAGUAUUUUUUUUAAUUUUUUUUGGCUUUGUCAGUUUAAUUAUUCUUUUCUUUUUAGUUUGCGAAUGGUUGGUUGAUUUUUUCUGUGUAGAUAAAAAUGGAUUAAUUGUAGCAUCAAAUCUUAGCAAAAUCUGUUCGCUUGUUGAAUAUUGGUAGAUGGAGAAGAAGAUGAGAGAAUUGGGAUGGAUCCACAUGA